GGCAAUAUUGAAUAAUAGUACUUGGGUGUAAACAGUUGAACUGGCCUGAACACAGAACAUGUCUUCUGAAAUGUAAAUAGUUGCUUUUUCCUUCUGAGUAAAUAUGUGUUUGCUUCACGGCCAAAUUGCAGAGCUUUUUGUUGUAUUAAUGAAGGGCCUGUUGAUACGUCUGCACAGUGCAUCCUUCUGGAUGUCUGCUGGGAAACUGAGAUCUGCAUAAAUCAAUAGAUUCUAUUGAUAUUGAAAUGGGGCACUGGUGGCAACACCUGAUGCUUACACACAUUAUUUAUUAUCUCUGUGCUUGCUGAAAGAAGAAUUAUAGGUGAGGAUGGCAAUGGGAAUGCCUGGUGUACCAGGUGCUCGCUGAUGGCCUGCCCUGAGAAUCUUUGCUGUCAUUUCCUAAAACUGCUUGUGGUUUUGUCCAGGUCUUGUGGGAAUGGUUGUAGCUAGUAUUCCCCUACAAAGUACUGUUCUUAGGAACUUUUGAGGAUGUUUAUUAUGAAGGUAGCUGUCUUUCUUGAAAUCUUAGAGCAACCCUUUGGUAUCUAAAGAAGAGCUGGGGGUGGUAUGUUUCUUUUGAGUCCCUAGCAAUUUCCUUUCCUUGCAGGAAUGACGGUGUGAUACACAGUAUCAAAUCAUGUUGCUGGCUGUGACUAAAGCCUCAAAAAUUUGGAUUUGCACUGCACUUUAUUUACAUUACUGUAAGAAAUGAAAUCUUCAGGAAGUGACCAAAUGAAUAGUUCAGGAGGGAUUGAUUUGGAUUUUUUAAUACAGUUACCCUGACUUGCAGUUACCCAGACCUGAGAACCAUGGCAACAUCCUUGCUUGAUAAAGCUUUGCUGGCAAAUUUGUGAUGGCAAAUUUGCUGCUUGCAACACCUGCUGCUCCCCCUCAGGACUUUACAGAGACUGUGCAGCAAGUCUUUGUUGCUGUAAAUAAAAAUGUUUUGGAUGAUAUUAUGCUGACAGUCUGUGAGAGCUUUGCCACUAAUUUCCUGGGGUCAGGAUUUCACACAUCUAUGCGAAGGCAUGACCAGAGGCCUGGUACACCUCUAAUUAAAGUAAUACACAAAUGAAAGACAGCUGUGCAACACUGGAGAUAGCCAGCAAGUGUUUGGAGGAGAUAUUGGUGAUGCAUACUGGUUUAGUUCAUGCACUAAAGUUUUUGCUGAGACUGUGUUGGAGUAACUGGGUGCAUUUAGAUUUUGUGAUGUCAGAAGAGUAAUCCCGUCUCCUUGGGAUCUGAAUGCCCUGCUGUAAACACUUCACAGUGGGCAUAAAGGUAUGUGUUAACUAGCAACUUUAACCAGAAAAUUGUAAAAUGAUGCUUAGGUCCUAAAAAAGACAGGGAGAGAAGAAAAUAAUCAUGUUUAUUUCUGUCUGUACAUGUUAAUUUCUAUUCCAUAAACACUUCUGGUGUGUCUUAUGCUGAGCUGCUCUCCAGCGGGAACUCUCUGGAAGGCAGGUGUGUUCCUGAGCAGCUCUCAAGACCAGAGCUUACGCUUCCAGCUUCCAGUGCAUGUGAGGCUAGACAUCCAUGCAUAAAAAUCGAGUCUGGAAAAGCCAAAAGAUGUUUUUGCCCGUCUCUAGGUUCUUUUUGGAGUUGAUAAUCUAGUAGAUUUCAACAAUGCAGACGAUCAAGUGUGUAGUAGUGGGUGAUGGUGCUGUUGGUAAAACUUGUCUCUUAAUCUCUUAUACAACAAAUAAAUUCCCAUCGGAAUAUGUACCAACGGUUUUCGAUAACUAUGCUGUAACAGUGAUGAUUGGAGGAGAGCCUUACACCCUUGGCCUCUUCGAUACUGCAGGUCAGGAAGACUACGAUAGAUUACGACCCCUCAGCUAUCCACAGACAGAUGUAUUUCUGGUCUGUUUCUCAGUGGUCUCUCCUUCUUCAUUUGAAAAUGUGAAAGAAAAGUGGGUACCUGAAAUUACUCACCACUGUCCAAAGACUCCUUUUCUGCUUGUUGGGACCCAGAUUGAUUUAAGAGAUGAUCCCUCAACAAUUGAGAAACUUGCCAAGAACAAGCAGAAGCCUAUAACUCCAGAGACUGCUGAAAAGCUGGCCCGGGACCUGAAGGCUGUAAAAUACGUGGAAUGCUCUGCACUUACGCAGAAAGGCCUAAAGAAUGUAUUUGACGAAGCGAUAUUGGCUGCCCUGGAGCCCCCGGAGCCGAAGAAGACUCGCAGGUGUGUGCUGCUAUGAACGUCCCUCCACAGCCCCUUCUGCAAAGCUGGUGUUUGAUGUCAUACUAAAAGCAAUGUUAAAAUCAAACUAAAGAUAAAAUUUUAAAAUUUGUUUUUGCAAUAAUGAUAAAUGCCCUGCACUCCCAUCUCCCCCACACGAUCCCUGUGUGAGAUGAAAAUGUUAGUGUUUAUUCCCCAGUGCCCCCUCAAUUCACUUAAACUAGUUAAUUUUGAGUAAUUAUGUAUUAUCAGAAGACACUGAUCUUUACUAGUUUUUUUUAUUUUGUUUAUUGUUUCUAAUUUUUUUUGUUUAACAUCAAGGCAUGCUCAAUGACUUUUUCUAUAACAGACUAAUUUUAGGCUGUUUAACUGAAGUCUUGCCCCUUACGCUGGUGCGGCAAGACUUGGUUCUGGUUUCUAGACCUUGUAGGGCUGUUCUGCAGCCAGCCAGCAGCCUGGGUAUGAGCAGACUUUAGUCAGGAAAGCAAAAUGUCCCAAGCUGGUGCUCCUCUAAGAAGGAUUGUAGAAAAUACAUCUUCUCUGAAGUUGCCUUUUAUCUUUUUGCCCUGGCUUUUUAACUGUGCAGGUAAUAAAUUUAUACCCCAUCCUCUAAGUUACGAAGCCUUAGGAACAGGAGAAUGAUUUUCUCUGGAUGCACCAUCAGACUUGAGACUAACUUGCCGGUCUCUUCCUUAAUCUUUGCCAUCACAUUCUUUUGGCUUGUGCUGAAAAAAUAACUGCCCCUUUGGAAGUAUGCCUAGCUGGGUCAGUUGGCUUUUAUUGAAUCUACCUUCUGGCAAUCCUUAAUUAUUAGAGAAAUGCUUACAAUGACCAGCACAUACACGGCUGCUUGGACACCCUAAAGGGACCUGGGAUGUGCUACAAUGGGUUUUGGAGCUGGCUCUGAUGGUGCAUCUCUUGCUGGAUGGCUUGGCAUCCUUUGGGGAGAGGUGGAAAGAUAGACCUGUGUCAGUUGAAAAGAAGUGCAGGGAGGGGCUUCUGGUGUUUGGUGUGACACCAUAUUGGGACCAGUUGAGGGAACCCCUUUUUCUGCAUUUUGCUCAUGAGUAACCUUGGACCUGUAAGAGGGGCUCCAACCCCUAAGGAUCAUGUGCAGUGUCUCUACAUAGACCAUCUGGAGUAUCAUAAGGAUUUUACCAAAAAUAUAUUUUGGUUUGCAAAUUCAAAAAAAUUUAAGACUUAGGGAAUCUUCUCCAUCUUCCACAAUUUAAAUUUCUUGUAGACUCAUUAGUGUUGAACCAAUGCUUUUUCAUGUCUAAGUUCUUUGUAUAUGCAUUCUUUUCAGAUGUAUUAAAGUAUCUUCACAAGCCUG